AUGCAAGAAGAAAUCUCAGCUCUCCACACAACAAACACAUGGACUCUUGUCCCACCAAGUCCUACUCACAAUGCUAUUGGUUGCAAAUGGGUAUUUCGAGUAAAAUACAAGGUUGAUGGCACUCUUGCCAAAUUUAAAGCUACACUUGUUGCCAAAGCCCAUAACUCAGCUUUGACGUGUCCAAUGCAUUCCUUCAUGGCACCCUUCAUGAGGACGUCUAUAUGCAACAACCUCCAGGUUUUGUUCACCCCUCAUAUGUGUGCAGACCCAUCUCUCUUUGUUAAGGCUGACCAUUGUUUGACAUUUAUUUUGGUUUAUGUGGAUGACAUAAUCAUCACUAGCACAUCUUUUAUCUCCUACCAAGCUCUCAUCUCCCAGCUCAGUGCCAAAUUCUCAAUGAAGAAUCUAGACAAUAAAAGUGGUGAAAUACUCUCUGAUCCUAUCGCAUAUAGAUCUCUCUUUGGCGCCUUACAGUAUCUUACAUGGACCAGGACAAAAAUUGCGUUCUCAGUCAAUCAAGUGUGCCAGCAUAUGCACACUCCUCGUACUCCGCAUUUGUUAGCCGUGAAGAGAAUAUUGAGAUAUCUAAAAGGCACACCAGCUCAUGGCUUGCUCAUUCACAAAGGAAAUCUCAACAUCACAGCCUACUCUGACUCAGAUUGGGCUGGUUGUCCCAUUGACCGGCGCUCUACCACCGGCUAUUGUAUCUUUUUUGGAUAA